AUGUUCAGUGUUUUAUCAUCAACAAGUUUGACAGAUAUUCGGGUAAGUAGCUGGAACACCCCUAUAAUUUCUUCUCUUGUUGAUACGGGUAGACCAGAUAACACAGCAGAACCUACAUUUAGUAAAACCAAAACGACGUCGAGUGGGGGAAGUUUGUCGUUGUCGUCUUCCCUGGACAGAUCGUCGUCGGUGUCAUCGUCGACCACCAAGAAAAACGUGGAUGGAGGUGGUGGAGCAAAAGGUGGUGAUAAUGAAACCACGAGCUCUUCCUCUUCGGUUUUAUCAUCCAUCCCGACUGCAACGCCAACGACAGCAACAAGAACUGUCAGCAGUUCGUUUUCAACAUCGUAUGUGACAAUUUCGUCGUCGCCCAGUUUGAGGACGAAUACCGGCAUGACGGAAACGUCUGCCGAACCGACGUCCACCAAAUUUUCGUCAUCAAAGACAGACAGUUCGUCUGUUACGAGCGGUAAGAGUGAAACAUCCUCGACAUCUUCCACUGAUCAGGUGACAGACACGCGGGUGGAACCUGUCACGGGAAGCAGCCGAAAACCUGUCAGCACCUCAUCAGAACCAACGAUCAAGCUUACAGACAGAUCAACAUCUUCGCCAUCGCUGCCAUCAAUACCGACAACUACUCCGAUGACAAUGUCGUCGUCAUCAAUGGGAUCUUCGGUCACUGACAGGACGUCAUCAUACACCAAAACGUCGUCCUCAGAAGGGUCUUCGAUCAGACUGGAAUCCACGUCGUCAGCUGGAACAUCCUUGACCAUCAGUUCGGAAACAGCAUCUUCUGAAUCAGGAAUAUCUUCAAGCAGGAGCGAUAUUUCGAGUAGCCAGAGUUUGGAGACUUCCUCAAUGUCGUCGUCUUUGGAGAAGUCGUCCUCGACAGGAGAGAGCUCGAGCAGUUCAGGUGUUUCAAUGUCACCCGUCCCUACUGCGACCCCUACGACUGUGACCAUGUCCGAGAGCUCAUUUUCGACAUCGUAUCUUACCCUGUCUCCGACACUAACUUUGACGCCAAGUACAACCAUGGCA